CAGAGGUAAGACGUAUCAUUUUCAGGUGAGGAGCAUUAAAUCUGGCAAUCGCUUAAUCGGGACGAGCGAGCAUUUGGUUGAAGAUUUAAGAUUUGUUAAUCUGAAGAUCAGAGGUCUUUUGGUUGGAGUUUGGCCCUCUCUGCAGACUCACCUGCUUGUACGUGACCUCUGAUCGCUGGGUCAAAGGGCAUUCUGAGAGAUCAAUGGUCAUCAUUUAGCCUGGAUAUUGAGUCUAGUGUGGAGAAGACGAAUUCCUAAAGCAUUUUUGUCUAGUUUUGAGGACUAAUUGAGAAUUCUGAGGUCCCGCCGCCAUGCCUUCCCUUCCCACUCUGAACAGCCUGGGGAAACUCUGCGGAUCUGGAUGCAGUCAGCAAGUGGAUCGCACUCGGAUCAAACGCACAAACUCCGUCAAACGCAUAUCUGUCAUAGAGGACGGACGUGUGGCAGAAGUGCUGUACCUCGUCCCGAAAGAGUCUGUGAUGCAACAGCUGCCGUUCAUCAACCCUGAAGACUAUUACUUGACUGAGAGCCUGACACCUGUGGCCCAUACACAGGAAGCUCACCACCAGACGGAGAAGCCUUUGAUACGCUGUGCUAAAUGUGAGGAGGUGUGCAAGGGAGAGGUGUUACGAGUGCAGGCCAAACACUUCCACAUCAAGUGCUUCACAUGCAAAGUAUGUGGAUGCGAUCUGGCUCAGGGAGGAUUCUUCAUGAAGAAUGGAGAAUAUCUGUGCACUCUGGACUACCAGCGUAUCCACGGCACCCUCUGUAACAUCUGUGGAGAGUUUGUGGAAGGGGAGGUGGUGACUGCGCUCGGCAAGACCUACCACCCAACAUGCUUUGUGUGCACAAUCUGCAAGAGACCAUUUCCUGCUGGAGACAGAGUUACGUUCAAUGGCAAGGACUGUCUGUGUCAGUACUGCUCAGAGCCCAUGUCUCCAGGACCCACCAAAGAUGUUGUGGGACCCAGCAGUUGCACGGGCUGUGGCAGAGAUAUUAAGAACGGUCAGGCUCUGUUGGCUCUAGAGAGUCAGUGGCAUUUGGGCUGUUUUAAAUGUAAGGCCUGUGCCAAAGUAUUAACUGGAGAAUACAUCAGCAAAGAUGGCGCCCCCUACUGUGAGCGCGAUUAUCAGGUCUUGUUUGGAGUGCAGUGUGAAGCAUGUCAGCAGUUCAUCACCGGGAAAGUCCUGGAGGCAGGGGGCAAGCACUACCACCCCAGCUGUGCUCGCUGUAGCAGGUGUAACCAGAUGUUUACUGAAGGAGAGGAGAUGUACCUGCAGGGAUCAACAGUUUGGCAUCCAAGCUGUAAACAUUCACCCAGAGGCGAGGAGACACAGCGGCUAUUGCCUGCGUCUCUAGUUCUCCUCAGCAAAACAGAAAGGCAGCCGACACGCUCGUCGUCCGAGAGUAUAUGUUCCAGACCUGGUUCAAGCAUACCUAGCUCACCGGGUCACACCAUAUAUGCAAAAGUAGACAAUGAGAUCCUUGAUUACAGGGAUUUAGCAGCCAUUCCCAGGGUCAAAGCCAUUUAUGACAUUGAGCGUCCAGAUCUAAUCAACUAUGAGCCACUUUACACCACCUCACUGGAUGAGUCAGAGGAGAGAGAGAGUGUGGGAGAGCUGCAGAGCUCCAGGAGAGAGUGUUCGCCUAUGCCAGAAGACAGAACCAGGUCACCCACACCAACUGCUGAGGGUUACUACGAGAUGAGAGAACGAAUACUCCAUCGGUCGACAAGUCAGGGCUCCAUUGGCUCGCCCAUUUACAACCGCCACAACUACACUCCCACCCUGUCACGCUCACCACAGCACUUCCACAGACCCGGCGCUGAGCCGUCCAGUGGUCGGAGUUCCCCAGGGGCCAGCACCCCUCCUCUCCUUCUGACUCCUAAACAUUUUCACCUGCCAGAUCAAGGAGUAAACAUCUACAGAAAACCCCCUAUCUACAAACAGCAUGAUUCAGCUGCCUUUGCAGCCCAGAGCAAGUCUGCUGAUGACAUCAUCAAAUCAGCCAAAUUCCCCUCGGCGUACACCUCUGGUCCAGACUACCCAGCAAAGAUCGAGACAGACUGCUGGUCCUUCCCGAUCUCCCAUGCUGCCCUAGGAACAGACGAGAGGAGAAGGUCAAGAGAGGAGGAUGAGGAGGAACUCCAGAAACGCAGACAGAUUCAGGAGGAACAUCUCAACAGGAUCCAAUCUGGUUUGGGGAAAAUGAUUCUUAAAGAGGAGAUGGAGAAAGAGAUGAUCCGAGAGCGUCAUGCACGGAGCCUGUCAGCACAGCGCUACGAACAUGGAAGCAAUGGAAAUUCACCCUCUAAAACAGGCUCACUGCCUGGAUAUGGGCGUAAUGGACUGCAUCGGCCUCAGUCGACUGAUUUCACUCAGUAUAACAGUUAUGGAGACGUGUGUGGUGGGAUGAGAGAGUUUCAGCCCAUGCAUGAUGGCCACCGUACAGCCACCAGAAUGGACAGAGGAGUGUCUAUGCCUAAUAUGCUGGAAACAAAAGUGUAUCCAUAUGAAAUGCUUAUGGUAACAAGCCGCAGUCGCUCCAAACUGCCCAGAGAUGUGGACAGAACCAGACUAGAGCGCCAUCUGGCUCCGGAGACGUUCUUUGAAAUCUUUGGGAUGGAAAUUCAGGAAUUCGGCAGGUUACCUCUGUGGAAACGCAAUGAACUGAAGAAGAAAGCCAGACUCUUCUAACCAGGAUCUACAAGAUCUGCACACACUCACAUGAUGUAUCAUCCAGCUGUUUACUCCUCUUCUGUUGUUUCUUGCUAAAAUUAUAGCCUGAAGGAAGCUCCAUGCUGCAAUAUGAUGUCAGUUUGUAAAGAACAGAGGGUCUUAACAUUUCAGCUGAAUCUCCAAAAUUCUCAAAUCUAUACAUAUUUUUUUUGUCUCUGUCGCUUUAAUUUCCUCUCUUCCAGAAAUGAUUCUUCCUCUUUUUGUUCUUUGUUCUUCUUGCAUAUCUUUGUAAAUCAUGUUCAUGCGGGUCGGAUUAGCCAAACCUUUGUAAAUUUGCCGUUAUAAUCCUUUUAAUUCACUGUUCCAGUAAAGACUCCUCCGUUUGCGUCACUUUU